AUGCUGCUUAGAAACUUAUUGUCAAAGACACAACAAUUCCACUAGAGAACUUUCAAACUCACCUCUUAGUUACUAUUUGUGCAAGCUAGAGGAAUAAGAGAUCCCCCAAGAUUCAGGGAGGAAGAUAUCGAUAAGAUCAACAAGUUGGAAUUAGCUGCGUACUUCGAGGACCUAAUGCAAAGAAGACCUGCUAAUGAAAGUGGCUAUAUUAAUCUUCCCCGUGAAAAUUUCAAGUCAAUGGUUAGGAAGGCAAAAAGUGAAGCUGAUCUCAAGACACUCGUGUAUGCCCAUGCCAACUAUAUUGGCCACAGAAACUCUCUUCCACACAGUUAUGUUGAUGAAAUGCUCUCUAAGGCCUUAGAACUAGGUCAUCCUGAGACUAUGAUAGAGACAUUAAGACUUCACACUGAACUUUUAUAUCACCCACAGCCUGCUCUCACAUAGAAAUACUUUGAUUUCUUUGCUUCUAAGGGCUAUAGCAACUUAAAAGAUUUCUACGAUGCAGUCAAGAGCAAUUUUUACUUGGUAAGACCAACUAACUUCUCUAGUAAAGUGAUUGAGAUGGCUUUUGAAAAUAAGGACAUUAUUACUGUGGUUGAUGCAUACUUGCUCACUCUAGACUAUAGUACUCUCUCCGAGGAUCACUUGAUCAAGGUAUAUGAGAGCUAGGACUUCGAGAGUCAUAUCGAUCAUGGAUUGUACAAGCAUCUCAAUGCCUAAGUUGAGAAAAGACAAAUAAAAAAUGCUCAGAUUAAACUUAACCAAGCACUAUAUAAUCUUAAAAUUAAGGGUUAUUUAACUUCUGCUGAUAUCAUUAUGGAGGUAGGCUCAGACAGCUAAGUUACUAAGAUUGAGAAUAGUGAGUUCAUCAAGAAGGAAUUAUUCGAUCAAAUCAAUGCAUAAAUGUCAUCAUUUGAUAGUCUAAUUUAGAAGCAAUUAAAAGAUGCAAUAAAGAGUUUAGAAGGAAAGGUAGAUGCAGAGUUCUAUGGUUUACAAGACUAUUUCACGUAGUAAUAAAGCUCUACUUAAGAAGAAGCAGUACCAGAUUAAGUUGUUGUCGAAGAAGGCAGCGAUAAAUAAUAAAAUUAAUAAAAUGCAUAAUAGUGA